GAAGCAAAACAAUCUUAGGAAUAGAAAGGAACUGGGUGCUCUAAUUCUUAGUAAAUUUAUGGUAUUAUUGACAGUCUAUAUGGUUCUGCGAGGAACAGAUAGGUUAAAAGACAAUACUGGCAUCCUCGUCAGACUCUGAAAACGGUGGAUUUUCGCCCCCACCGCGUAAAAAACAGCGAAUUGCUGAGAAUAUGCAGUCGAACGGCUGUCCACAACACAAUGGAACAAGUGGGGAACCUGCAUCGACAUCUCAACAAAACGGAGCUUGUCUGACAGUAUCAAACGGACAACAUAACGACAAUCCUUCUCAAACAAAACCCAUGUCUCAAACUGACCAAGACAUUGUUAGAUUAAUUGCUCAACAUCUGAGAGGACUUGGAUUGGACCAAACAGCUGAACAAUUGAUAAAAGAAUCAGGAUGUAUGUUAGAACAUCCAGCUGCUGCCAGACUUCGGUCACAUGUCAUGGAUGGUGAAUGGAUUAAGGCUGAAUCUGACCUGGAGGACUUGAAAUCUCUGAUAGAAUCUUCACAUGGACUUAUUAAAAUGAAGUUCAUGAUACUUGAACAAAAGUAUUUGGAGCUUCUAGAAGAUGGUCGUGAGAUGGAGGCUCUACAUUGUCUCCGACAUGAACUGACCCCCAUGAAAUACAACACAGAAAGAGUUCAUGAACUUAGCUCAUAUAUGAUGUGUUGUAAUGCUGAGGAUUUACGUAAGACUGCCAAUUGGACUGGUAAAGGAGUUGAUUCUAGAUCUUUAUUAAUAGAAAGGUUACAAUCCUUCUUACCACCCACAGUUAUGUUGCCUCCUAGACGUCUGCUGACGUUACUUAACCAGGCUGUAGAACUACAGAAAGAUAAAUGUCCAUAUCACAAUACCAAGAUUGAUAACAAUCUGGAUGCUGUAUCAUUGCUCAUUGACCAUGUUUGUAGCAGAGAACAGUUUCCGUCCACCACAAUACAGAUACUAACUGACCACUGUGAUGAAGUUUGGUUCUGUCGUUUCUCACCAGAUGGCACCAAAUUAGCAACAGGAUCAAAAGAUGGAUCCUUGAUCAUAUGGGAGAUAGACAUGGUCACUUAUGAACUUAAACACAGACGAUCAUUUGAGAAUCAUGCUUAUGGUGUGUCAUUCAUUGCCUGGAGUCCUGAUAGUACACAUAUAGUGGCUUGUGGCCCUGACGACUGCUCAGAUCUAUGGAUGUGGAAUAUAGAGACUGGAACUUUACGCUUUAAAAUGAGUCAGUCUCAAGAAGAUAGUUUAACUACUGCAGCUUGGCAUGCCGAUGGGAAAAAAUUUGUCACUGGUGGAAUUAGAGGACAGUUUUAUCAAUGUGAUUUAGAUGGGAACAUUAUGGAUUCCUGGGAGGGUGUACGUGUACAAAGUAUGGCGUUCCAGGUAGAUGGGAAAUAUGUAUUAGCUGCUGAUACCCACCAUAGGAUAAGGGGAUAUAACUUUGAUGAGUUAACAGACUUUAAUAUAAUUCAAGAAGAUCAGCCAAUCAUGUCUUUCACAUUAAAUGAACCAGGACGACUAGCUCUGUUAAAUGUAGCAACCCAGGGUGUUCAUUUAUGGGAUAUUAAGGAUAAACUUUUAUUAAGAAAAUUCCAAGGAGUGACACAAGGAUUUUAUACAAUACAUUCCUGCUUUGGAGGAUUAAACCAAGAUUUUGUAGCUAGUGGAAGUGAAGAUCAUAAAGUUUACAUUUGGCAUUUAAGACGUGAGAUGCCUAUAUCUGCAUUAGAAGGACAUUCACGAACUGUUAAUUGUGUUCAUUGGAAUUCUAAACUUCCAGGAAUGUUAGCUAGUGCUUCAGAUGAUGGAACUGUAAGGAUUUGGGGACCCAUGGAUAAACUUAAAACCAGUAAUGGCUGUGAAGAAUCAGGCAGAAGUACACCUGUAUAACAGUACAUCAUCUGUAGUUUUAGCAGCAAAUUACCUCUGUGAUCUCAUCGGCCGUAACUCAUUUAGGAACAACAACAACUCAACUGUGUCAUUGAACAUCUACACCAGAAACAACAAAUCAAUUGUGUCUUAUAAAACAUCUACAUCAGGAACAACAACAACUCAACUGUGUCAUAUACAUUAUCUACACUGGGAACUGCAUCAAAUCAAUUGUGUCAUCUAAAAUAUCUAUAACAUCCACAUCAGGAACAACAACAACUCAACUGUGUCAUCAGCAUUAUCUACACUGGGAACUGCAUCAAAUCAAUUGUGUCAUAUACAAUAACUACACUGGGAACUACAUCAAAUCAACUGUCAUCUACAACAUCUACUCCAGGAACAACAAAUUAAUUGUAUCAAGUAAAAAACUUCACUAGUAGCAACAACUAAUCAAUUGUGUCAUCUACAACAUCUACAUCAGGAACAAAAAAUCAAUUGUGUCAAGUAAAAAACUUCACUAGUAGCAACAACUAAUUUAUUGUGUCAUUUUCAAUAUCUACACCAGGAACAAAAAGCAAUUGUGUCAUAUAUAAUUAUAUAUCAACUAUACCGGUAAAAACAACAUCAAUUGUGUCAUAUAUAAUUAUAUAUCAACUAUACCGGUAAUAACAACAUUAAUCUUGUCAAUUUCAACAUCUAAACAUAUCAAAUACAUUAACGCAUUCUAAGCUAAGUUGUAUGGAACAAUCUUGUAUUCAAUCUAUUACUUGUCAGUUUUGUCCAUUUUUGACAACUUGCAAAAGCUAUGGUGUUGACUUUAGCAAAGCUUAUCUUUAUCAAUUUAGCUUUAUAUUUGAUUCUUGUAGUUCCCCAUUUAAUGUCAAAUCUUUUGUGAACUUAGGCUUUGCAUUAAUUUCCUUUUUAUUGUCUUCAAUCCUCAAAAUUAUGAUGAUUUAGUUUCGCGACUUUCGCGAGUAGAAAAAUAACGCGAAUAUAAAUCAUCUCGAAUAUGUAAACUUUGGAUCUUUAACUAUUUAACUUCAUCAAGUAAAUCAGAAAAUUGCAAAAUUGAAUAGCCUCGAAGUGGUCAAGAAAGGGUAAAACACGAAAUAAAGUAUCCGCGAAAAUAAGUUGGUUUACAGUAUCUACAAAAAUUAAUGACUUCACAGUACAGUGUCAUAAUUGUGAUAUUUCAAUUUACUAAAUAACUGCUGAUAUAUUUUAGAAUAUGAAAUAUAAGGUCUUAAUAUUUAUCAGCUGAUUAGUGACUUCUGUUAUAAUUGAGAAAAGAUAGUUCAAUAUGUGAACUUCAACAUUGACCUCACAUACUAAUAUACUAUUUAGUUAUUAUGCAAAUUUGACAUGUGUUUUCUUGUGUUAAUUAAUUACACUGUAUUAAAACUGUUCCAACAAAGUUGCAUUAAAGUUAAAAAUGUUCAAACUAAAAAUUUGAUAAAGAUGUAUUUUUUUCAUGUUAUGUUUCUAAUAUUGUUUACUUUCAAUUCUAACAUUGUUUAAUACUUUCAAUCUUAAUAUUUUUUACCUUCACUUUUAAUAUUGUUCACCCUCAACUUGUUAUUGAAACCUAUUUGAACUGUUGCUGUGUAUGUCCUGUAUUAAAACCAGAGAUAGUAAAAUCAUUCUUUUCAAAUUUAUAUGUAUGCAACAUUUCACCGCAUUAUUUUCUGAAAGUGUAGCUUUGCAUUUUAGAAUUGAAUGCUUCUUUUUGUAACUUUAUUGGGGUGUAAAAGCGUUGAUCGAAGUACAUUUUGUAUGAAGCGCAGAAGUGCUUCAUUAUAAGAAUGUGCGCACGGUCAACGCUUUUACAACCCUAUAAAGUUACGAUUUACAUCAAUUUUUAUUUAAUUUACCUGUGCUUUUUAUUAGUGGACCUUGUGUCAUCAUGAAUGAUAAGUUUUAUUGUGUAAUGCAAUUGCUUACGGAAUAACAUGUGAUGUGCAGUUAGUCAAUCAGAAUAACGUAAUAUAUUGAAACAUACAUCUAAUGUAAUUAUUGAACUUUAAAGGUCUUAAAUCAUCAAAGGAUUAUAUUUCUAUUGAUAUUAUGAAAGUGAGAAACUUUUUUUUAUUGAAUAUCUACCCUAACAUGCACAGGUUAUAAAUUUGAGGACCACCAUUCAGAAUAAUCCCGAAAUUUGAAGUUAUUUACUUCCUCCACAAAAUGUGCCAAAUCUUUAAACCAGCUGAAUGUACAGUAAGUGAAAUCUAGAAAUAACAUACUCUGAUAUAUUUUUGGCAAAAAGUUGUUCAUGUAGAUUGAUAUUACAAUACUAAAUUACUGAAAGGUAUAUGGUAAAGGCCUGAUUUGUUAUUGAAAUAGAUGUAAAGAAGUGUAUAGACUUUUAAAAUAAUUUAUAUUUUAUCAUAUCAAAUAUGACCUACAGUUUCUUAGCCUCAAGAUGUAAAGUAUGAAUAAGAGAAUAUAUAUAUAGGUUGAUGGGUACUGUUUAUUUAUAGAAUUCAGGUUUAAUAAUGUAAAUUCAGAAACUAUUGAGACGUUUUUUAAAUGCCAAAAAAUGUGACAGAAUAAGCUUCUCAAUAAUUAAAAUUGGUUUUCCAUUUUCAGUAUUCAUUUCCCAUUUUGCAAUCACAUAUAUUAGAUUCUGGAUAUUUUCCAAUGAAAAGAAUUCACUAUAAUAUAUGCAUGCAUUAUUUUAUGAAAUAAGAGUAGUUUCAAAUAGUAUAGUUAAAUCAGCUAUAUCCUGAUAGUUGCUUUCAUGUGGUUUCAACUUGUUUACAUAAUUUUAUAAUUUGAUAAAAACAUCGCAAAAUUUUCUGAACUUGCAGUAACAUGUAUAUAUCCUUCUAUCCACAUAACUUACAUCCAGUAUUUGAAGAUGUUAUGUUUGAAUUAUUUUACCCUUUUGAACUUUUAAUAGGCAAUCCGUUGCCACAUAGGGCUGUUUCAUUACUACCACUAUACAAUUAAAGUUACAUUAACUGAAGUCCUUAUCCUUGCCUUACAGUAACCUUAGAUGUAACCUUGACCUGAACUGUUGCAAAGUUGUCAUUCAUGGAAAAUACUGUAAACCAACUUAUUUUUCGUGUCAGAGCCAUUUAUUUUUCGCGACUUUCGCGAUAUUAAAUAACACAAAUAUAAAUGGUCAUGAAUAUGUAAAACUCAGAUCAUGUCUUAUUAAAUAUCACCAACUAAAUAAGAAAAUUGUGAAAUUAAAUAGCCCCAGAAUAACUUAUAAAAGGAA